UCUUCGAAGCCAGGACUGGGUGAUGGUAUCACUGCUCCCGCCACAGUCUGACGUCGCACUGCCGGGCACCGCCAGGCUGGAGGGCGAGCCCCAAGGGGACCUCAUGCAGGCGCCGGGCCUCCCUGGCUCUCCUGCUCCACAGAGUAAGCACACCAGCUUCAGCUGCUCAUCAUUUGCACCUGACGGUCCUCCAGAGAAGGCCCCCUCCCUGCCCCCACACAGCCCCAGCAUCGCAUCGCCAGGCCCUGAGCAAGCCCAGGGCCACUGCCCAGCAGGUCCAGGUCCAGGCCCCUUCCGGCUCUCACCCUCGGACAAGUAUCCUGGCUUCGGCUUUGAGGAGGGCGCAUCCAGCAGCCCAGGCCGCUUUCUCAAGGGCAACCACGCACCUUUCCACCCAUACAAGCGGCAUAUCCACGAGGAUGUCUUCCCAGAGGCGCAGGCUGUGCUGGCCCUUGACGGACACCCUUUCAAGCCCCCAGGCUCGCUGGAGGCCUUCGAAGAGAUCCCAGUGGACGUGGGGGAGGCCGAGGCCUUCCUGCCUGGCUUCCCGGCUGAGGCCUGGUGUGGUGGGCUUCCCUAUACAAGCCAAGAGCACAAUGCCCAAGUCCUGGGCUCAGAGGUGAAGGUCAAGGCCCCAGCUCUGGAGAACGGUCCUGGGAUGUACUGCUACCAGCAUCCCUUGCAGCACGUGUACUGCCCCUCCCAGCCCCCCUUCCACCAGUAUGUGCCGGGUGGUGGCAGUUACCCAGUGCCCUACCUGGGUUCAGCUCACUACCCUUACCAGCGGAUCGCACCGCAGGCCGGCACUGAUGCGCACCAGCCGCUCUUCCCCAAACCCAUCUACUCCUACAGCAUCCUCAUCUUCAUGGCCCUUAAGAACAGUAAAACCGGCAGCCUUCCUGUCAGUGAGAUCUACAACUUCAUGACGGAGCACUUUCCUUACUUCAAGACAGCACCUGAUGGCUGGAAGAACUCCGUCCGUCACAACCUCUCCCUCAACAAGUGCUUCGAGAAGGUGGAGAACAAAUCGGGCAGUUCGUCUCGCAAGGGCUGCCUGUGGGCCCUCAAUCCAGCCAAGAUCGACAAGAUGCAGGAGGAACUGCAGAAGUGGAAACGGAAAGACCCCAUCGCUGUGCGCAAAAGCAUGGCCAAGCCAGAAGAAUUGGACAGCCUCAUUGGAGAUAAGAGGGAGAAACUGGGCUGCCCGCUGCUGGGCUGUCCGCCCCCUGGGCUGGCAGGCUCCAGCUCCAUUCGGCCACUGGUUCCUCCAGCUGGGCUCUCCCAGCCACUACACUCACUGCACCCAGCUCCGGGCCCAAUUCCUGGCAAGAAUCCCCUACAGGACCUGCUGGGAGGAGGACAAGUGCCCUCCUGCUACGGGCAGACAUAUCCUCACCUGUCGCCGGGCCUGGCCCCACCUGGACCCCCACAACCAUUGUUCCCGCAGCCAGAUGGGCACUUGGAGCUGCGGGCCCAGCCAGGCGCCCCCCAGGACUCACCUCUGCCUGCCCACACCCCGCCCAGCCAUGGCACCAAGCUGCUAGCCGAGCCUUCCCCAGCCAGGACCAUGCAUGACACGCUCCUGCCAGACGGAGACCUCAGCACUGACCUGGACGCCAUCAAUCCCUCUCUUACCGACUUUGACUUCCAGGGAAACUUGUGGGAACAGUUGAAGGACGACAGCUUGGCCCUCGACCCCCUGGUGCUGGUGAACUCGUCUCCGACGUCAUCUUCGAUGCCACAGCCUCCUCCACCCCCCCACUGCUUCCCCCCAGAGCCCUGUUUGUCAGAGACAGGCAAUGGGGCAGGUGACUUGGCACCACCAGGCAGUGAGGGCUCUGGGGCCCUGGGAGAUCUGCACCUCACCACUCUGUACUCAGCCUUCAUGGAACUGGAGCCCACGCCUCCCACGGCCCCCGCUGGUCCCUCCAUGUACCUCAGCCCCAGCUCCAAGCCCAUGGCUCUGGCCUGAUCUCUGCCCGGCGUCAGCACCAGCCUCCACCUGGUCUUGAAGUCCUGGCUGGUUGCCCACGUCGGGCCCCUCUAAAGGUCAAGGAAGGAACACAUGCUCCCUGUCCCUUCAGUCACUCAGUCUGUCAGCUGGCGGCUGGGGCAUCAAGGACAACCCCCAGGACGUCACCCCUCACUCAUUCCUGCCACUGAAGAGCUCGUAUCAGGGUCCAAAGAAGAAGACAGCAGUCUGCCCAGUUCACACCCACCCACAUUCAGCCCUUGAGCACACACAUGCACCCACUCAGGGUCAUUGAGACCCACACCACCCACGUGCCAACCCCCAGACUCGCCCACCAGGGCCCAGAGAGCCUUGGCACAGCUGCAUAUGUGGGGGCUUGGAUGGCCAGAAGCCCCUGGGCCCUCAAGCCGCCGUGAGAGCUCCCACUGGAAUCCCAUGCCCACGCCCACAUCCAUGUGGGGCCUGGCCUCACCCUCAUCCUGUGCUUCCCCCUGUAUUUAUUCCCCCAUCUUCCUCCCAAGAGCCCAGCUGGAGGAGCAGCCAGAGAGCUCCUCCCACGCUGGCUGUUGUCACCCCUGGCCUCCAAGAGGAAGCACCUCCUGAGAAGCCCAGGUCUGUGCCAGGCUCUGCCAUCCUCAGCCUCCACUUUGUGAACCUUCCCCCCACACCCAGGUGUAGCGGCAGCUUCUGCCCUGGGACCAACUGAGCCCAGUUGUGACAUGGAGUAUUCAGCAAUGCCCUUGCCCUUGGAAACUUGAAUCAGUACCCCCAAUCCCAGGUGCAGGACAGGCUUCUCCAGGUCACUACCAUCUCACUCCUCCUUGUAGCUUAGGUCAUGGCUUACUCGCAGCUUCCGAUUGUCUCAGGCAGCCUGGGCAUUCAAAGAGGAGAAGCCUGGCCAGGCUGGUGGGCAGCACCCAUAGGCCCAGGAAGCACACGAAGGAAGGAUCCUGAAGUCCUGGGGUAUGGCCCAGGUGCUGGUCAUGCCCUAAUCAAGAGCCGAACCCCCCACCAAGUGGGAACCCCAACUUACUCCAGGAGCCUGUAGGUGACAAGAACCUCCUGAGGUUGGUUCAUAUGAGGCACCAAGCAGACCUCUCCAUGGUCUGCCU